CGUCGCCCUGCGAUCACAGAGGCGGACUGUACGAGAGGGCGGAUCUGACUGCACAUCGGCCAACACUACAUCGUACUGAAUUUUAAAAACAACAACAACGGGAGGAUGGACUUCAGUUUACGUGAUGCCUUCACAGAUGGGGCACCUAAGGCGACCCAGGACAGCCUGCUGAAGAGGGAUUUUGUGGCUGGGUUGGAGGCACAGACCUAUGAUGAUAAAGUGGGCGAGACCGUUGGGAAGACAGACUACCGCCCCCUUCUGGAUGGGAUGGAUGGCAAAAGGGAAGGGUCUGGGUUCUUGUCUGCAGUCCAGACUGGAGGGCAACGUCAGGACCCUCAGGGAGAAAUCCAUCCCAGCCCACCUGGACAAUAUGUCUAUAAGAAUGACUUUCAAUCAGGCCCAACAUCAAUGAAUGAAAAGCCUGUCCAAUUAGGAAACCAGCAGAUGGGAUCUACUGUGAAGGACAACAGCAUGGACCCUUUUCUGGGGUUCUCUCAGCCUGGAAUGAAUAUUGGUAUGAAUAUGAAUGUUGGCAUGGCCCCUUUCCAGAGCUCCAAACCCCCCAGCAUGGGUGAACCUCAGAAGACCUCACCCUUGUUUGCCAAUGAACCACCCAAAGCAUCCCAGAUAACUGCUAAUCUGAGUGAUACAAGCCCUCGUAACAGCCUGGAAAAUUCUGCAGAAGUUUGGGGAAGCCCUUGGACAGGUGAGGAAAUGCUCUCUACGGAGCAGUCCCAUGCUUCCAACAAGGCAGAACAGAGUCGCACUGAUGCCUUGGGUUCCCAGAGUCCAGAUGCAGCAUCCGGUGAGGAAAAGUCCAUCGAUGAAGGAACCGAAAAGCAGCAGAAGCGAAAAAAGAAGAAACGCAAGAACAGGGAAGAAAUGUAUGACCUUCUGGACAGUCUUGGUUCCCCUGACUCAGAAGAGACUCCUUCCGAAAGCUCCAACCACGGCUGCCCCUCACCUCCUAAUAGGGACGAAGAGAUGUGGGAAAGCGAGAUCCAAGAAAGAGGGGGAGGACGCAUCAAGGCCAAGAAGAGUAAAAGCAGGAUGAAGCUACCAGAAGAAUGGAGUGCUCCUCCAACUGUAAUGGACAUGGACUUUAGCAGCCCUAAUUUGGGUGAUUCAAAACCCCCACCCAGUGCUAGCAUAGAUCAGGGAAGUGCACAGCCCUCACUCACACCUGAACCUCUGCAUCUCACAGACACCCAAGCAUGCAGACCCCAACCGCCCGGGCAAGCAAACACCUCCUUAUUCGUGAAUCCCAUAGAUAACUCAACUCUCAAGAUUAACAGUGAUAUGUUAGAUAAGGAUAAAUCAACUAAAGACGAUAUCAAUAAGUCUAACCUAGAGUUGCCUGGUAUUCACCCUUCAGAUCAGUUACCCAAGGACCCAAAUGAUCCUGACCAGAAGUCAACCCUUGCCCUUAGUCCAACUCAGACUGUUAUGUUCCUUGACUCCGUGCUGCAGGCACAGACCCCAGAUGCAAGCCCCCCAUCCCAGAGCACCCCCGUGAAAACCCCCAUCCCUCACAGCUCUGCCCCAGAGGCUGCUCCUGAUCUGACCACUGGCCCACUGUCCGUCGGCACAGACAUCCCUGCCUGUCAGAGUGCACCAGCUGUUAGUCACUCUUCCCCAAAAAUUCCCCCCAGCACUGCAGUGAACUUAAACCCCGAGGCUACGCCUUUCAUCUCUUCACAAGCAGAGCAGCAGGAGCCCCCGUCAGCACAGCCCCCCCUACUGGAAGUAAAAGAAGACAAGACAGCCAAAGAGAAAAUGGAGAAGGUGGAAACUGCUCCGAAGAUGGAAAACAUCAACAUAAUUGAGAAGCAAGACAAGCCUGAGAAAAUUGAGAAGAUUGAUCACCUGGACAAGAAAGAUGAGAUCACAAAGAAACCAGACAGUGUGGAUAAGACUCAGAAGAGUGAGCAAAUCAUCAAGGAUGAGAAGAAGGUUGAGAAAGAGGAAAAACAGGAAAAUAAAGCUGAGAAGGUUGAGAAAGUAGACAAACCUGAAAAGACAAACAAGGAGAAAGACGAUGGAGAAAAAGUGGACAAGACAGCCAAAGCUGAGAAGAAUGCGAAGGCUGCUAAAGGACCUGCUAAGUCUCCAACAUCUAAUGGGAGCAAGGAGGUGACCAGCCCAGAUAGUAAGGCCAAGCCUUCAGUUGGGUCAACCAAACAAAGCUCAGCAAGACCAAACUCGCUGUCCACUGGAGACAGUGCAGGUGCCACCAAACGCACCUCUCCCACCACCAACUCUGCCAAUAAAAAAAGCCCUGUGCCCAAGGCAACAACCCCCACUGCUGGAACCAAGAAAAACCCCACCACCACAUCUACUCUUGAGACUAAGGCCAAGUCUAAUGAGACCGCAACUCAGCGUCGCCCUCCACUGCCAAAGGCUAAAGCUGCAUCGGCUACGAAUUCUAAAAGCGGCACUACUAGCACCCCAACUACCACCUCUGCCCAACGCUCCUCUGCUACAAAGACUGAAAACCAAGCAGGAGAGGUGAAAAAGACAAGUGCAAAGACAACACCAGUUAAAACAACUCCAAGAACAACUCGCACACCACCUUCUGCCACCAGCACAGCAGCCACCAAUGGGACCCCUCGUCCCUCCCGCAUCACCAAACCCCCCGUACCCAAGCAGACUCCCCUAGAGAAGAAGCCUCCUGUACCUCGAGCCCCCCGAAAUGUCAGGCUCACCAAGGCACCACUGCCAGAUCUAAAAAACGUGCGCUCCAAGAUCGGUUCCACCGAUAACAUGAAGUACCAGCCUGGAGGAGGCAAGGUCUCUGCAGCCCAGGUCAAGACCGAUGCUCUGCCAAAGACCAGCCAGGGCAAAGUUCAGAUAGUCCACAAAAAGCUGGACUUCAGUCAUGUCACCUCCCGAUGUGGCUCCAAGGACAAUAUCAAGCAUGUUCCUGGUGGAGGAAAUGUUCAGAUUUUAAAUAAAAAGGUUGACUUGAGCAAAGUGGCCUCUAAAUGUGGAUCCAAGGACAACAUAAAGCACAAGCCAGGUGGUGGUGAUGUGAAGACUGAAUCCCAUAAGGUUAACGUCAAGGCCAAAGUGGGAUCAAUGGACAAUGUAGGCCAUGAACCAGGAGGUGGCAAUGGCAAGGCUGAGGGGGUUCAGCAGAAAUCUGAGGGAAGCCCAUCUCCCCCUGCUGUCUCUCCACCUGUGCAGGCAGGCAACGGGGCAAAGGAGAACGGGUUGAAAGAGAACUCUCCUGCUCCCGUACCUUCUUUGGGAGAGGGGCCCCGGGACUCCCAAGGCAUGGACAAGCGCAUCCCUGGGACAAAUUGAGUCCUACAAGCUGAACUUCCGCGAGAACGCACGAGCUCGCACGGACCACAGCGCUAAAAUCAUCUCCUGGUCCUCCCUGAGUGGCAGCCACCCCCACCCACAUCGCAGCACCUCUCUCAGUGUUUCUCUGGGGUCCACCAUGUCCUCACACUCAACCCAGCUUGUCCCAUUCACUCAGCUAUGAGAUGGGUGCAAACCAGUACACUAGCAGGAGAAGGACUCUGAUUUCAACACAGCCUGUCCCUUUAAAACCUAUCUUCUCAUUAGCUUCUUCUCUUGUUUACAGUUUUCUUGGUUUUUUCUUUGUUGGGAGAGCACCCAUGAGAUCAUGUUUUGGGAAAGAUCCAGGCUGUGGCUUAAUUUACAGCACUUCUUUUCGAAUGCAGGGUUUGGUUUGAGGCUAGAUAUGGGAUGAAGUCUCCAGAUUGUUGGAGAUAAUGGAUGCUCCAGCCACGUAGCUCUUAUUGUCAUCUUUGUUAAAUCCAUAGCAUUUUGCCUAUAACACCAGAGUUUCCUUCUAAACUUCCUACGAGCCUGUGCUAUCCUUUAGACAGACCUAAAUUUAGAGGUAACACCCUCUUUUCUGUCUGUAUCUGGCAGUAGAUGUUCUCCAAUGGGAACCCCAGAACUCACUUGAGAUGUAGCUUAUUACAUAUUAUGGCAGUUACGCUCCCUGUAUUGUUAGUAUAUGGGGCUGUCUUAAAUCCCAGUCAAAAGGGAUGAAUCAGCCACCAUCCAUCCAUCUGCUCCCUUUGCUCCACUGACCCUGUCCACCUCACAUGAAUUAUAAACCGUUCUCCCUCAGUAUUUAAAUGAGCACUUAAUCAUUUGAAAUGUGUAGGUUGUUCAAACAAUAGCAUAUUUACAUCUUCAGUGAGUUUGCUGUAUCGUGUUUGUGUAAAUUCCUGUAACGAUGAGCUGUAUCAUUAUGAUGUCUAACCAUCUGAUUACAUUUUCCACUUUCCAUUUCUCUCAAAGCAUCUUGUGAACUAAUAGGACACAAAAACACAUGACACACAUAAACUACAGCAUGAUACAGGAAGAGAAAAAGGAAGUGGCACGCAAACUAAACAGACAGGAUGGGAAGAAAUAUAGAUGGAAAUGUGUUUACACUCCGUGUACAGGUCAUGAUUAUUUGCUCAAAGGUCGAAAUCAUCCCCACUUUCAAUUAAAUAUUAUAUCUCCAGAUCCAAAAAGUAAACAACUUUUGCACUGGACAUAUGAACCGGCAUGUGCGAGGGCCCAUUACAUUAACUGUAAAUGUAUCCUAAUUAAGCAUUGCAAUACAACCCAUUUCCCUAUUAUUUAUUCAGUGGAAAUUACUAUUUAAUCAAACAUAGUAAUAAAUGCUAUUUGUUUUUUUUACCAAGUGAUGUAUUAUUCACAAAGUAUUUGAAUAUCAUAGUUUUAAACUCUCCAAACCUACUAUUGUAGGGCUGCUUUUUUGAAACUCUUGACUAGUGACACUGUUUAACAGUGAAUUUGUGGGCACUUUAUUGGUAGUAGGUAUUAUUCUAGAAAUAUUUAGCUGCACAAUGCCUGCAGAAAAAAAAACAGUUUGCUGUUGUUGGUUAAAAGGUUAUGAUUGUAUACAGGGUUUGAUUCACUACAUGUUGUGAAAUAUGUAUUUCACAUAUCGCAAUUUUCUGUGACAUCAUGGUAGAUCAUUGAUGGUGGUAAUGUUUGCAACAUCAAAGAAAAUCCCACAUAAAACUGAACAACAGAGACCAGGAAGUAAUAAAUUAUGCAAAUAUCCUAAUUAGCUGAUGAGCAUUUGAAAUGCACUUUAUGAUGGAUGUUUUAUACUACAACGAGAACGAUAAGAUCGAUUGAGCACAUUUUCCUAAAUUGUAUCCCCUCAAAAAGAGUCCCAGUUACUCAAAAAUGCAAAACAUGUACCUGUAUCUCACAGAGCAGUCUGUAAAUACAGUUUGUACGAGUGUGAGCAAGUGUGUUUAAUGUAGAGCAGCUGCGCUUGGCCGAACUGUCCUGUCUGUAGUUCCUUUCGUGGUUAGUGUGUACUGUUUAGGGGCUAUGCCAGUAAACUUCAGUGUUGUACUCUUGAUACAGUGAUCAUAACCUUUCAUGCCUUCAGACAGCUCUAUUUUGUCAUUUCCAUAAUGAAUGAACACUCACUAUGUUGGUACACUUCUCACAUCCACCGCACCAGUCCGCUCAACGCAGUUUUGUAAAUACACGUUUCACACUUUAUACCCCGCAGGGAGAAAACACUUCUUGAUUGGGUUGUAUAGAGAAGCAAAGUGAAGAUUUUGCAUCGAUGAAUAUUUCUCCAGACAGUAUUUUAUUCUUUAAGUGAGUCUGCCUUUUUUUGAAGAAAAGGGCUGGCAAACAAGAAUGUUUUUAAAAUGUAUUGUAUUCAGGAAGCAGGGAAUAUACAGUAUAUUAUGUGUGUAACUUUUUCUCUUUGUCAUCACAGGCCACAUACUAAACACAAUGUAAUCAAUAGGAGGAGGAGUGUGAUUGGUUUUGUCUAAGGAUGGAAAAACUCAAAGGACUCUGAUGUCCUUCUGUGUAAAAAAAGGCACAGCAUUCUGGUAAUGACUUGAGUAGACUGACACGGGAUGCAGAAAGUGGGUCGAGAGUUUAGAGGUAAUCAGUAACCACAGGAACAAUGAUUCCUCCCACAAACUGCACCUGACACAUAGACCUUGAAUGUUGUUUGAAUAUCCAUACCGCACAUCUGUAUGAGACUAACUAACUGGUAGACUAGUAAUCGGCAUGUUUAAAAGUAGAUAGAGCACUGGAAUUAGGCAGCAAAAGAGCCCCCUAGUGUGUCUGUUAGGACUCACAAUGUGUUUGCAACCCAUAGAACACAUCAAAAGAGCAUGUCGACAACAAUAGACUACAGACAUCAGUCCUAAAUUGGAUUUAAUGUCUCCCCCCUGAUUUAAGAUGUAUUUUUUGGUAUGAAAGAGGUCAUUGUGAUUAAUUGUUAACUAGUGAUGUGGAUAUUUAAUCAUGAAUAAA